AGUCAAACGUCAGUCAGUAAUUCAUUUUCUGGAAGCCAAGAUGGGGAUUGAGAAAUGUAGAGUUGUAGUCGGAUGUUUUUAUAUAGUGAAUUAUUGGCUAUAAAAAUGUUUUUGUGUCUAAAAUUGUGACAAUAACGUUUGUGGAUAAUUUUAAUGGCAUUUUUUCAAGACUCUUGAAGUUUUAAGUUAAGACAUGGACGGGCAGCGCGCGUUGGAAAUGAUGCCCCUUCUUCAGGAGCGGCUGGUGAUACUUACCGGUGGACGGGAUCGUCGAGGAGGGCCGGUUUUGUCGUUUCCUGCCAAUCCUCGACGAGAACGGGCCAAACCUGAAGAUUACAGAAAGGUUUUGCAGUAUUUGAUGUCCAUACCAAGUGAUGAAGCGCGAGGAUUGGGUUUCACGGUUCUAGUGGAUAUGAGAGGAUCAACGUGGUCGACUGUCAAACCUAUCCUGAAGGCACUGCACGAGCACUUUCCACCUGGCACAAUCCAUCAAGCACUCAUCGUCAAGCCCGAUAAUUUCUGGCAGAAGCAGAGGACAUCGCUUGGUUCACAUAAGUACAAAUUUGAGACAAAUAUGAUAAGUAUAGAAGCUUUGCCAAAAAUAAUAGAUAGUAGUCAACUGACAUCUGACUUAGAAGGUACUUUGUCUUAUGAUCAUGCUCACUGGCUGGAAGUUAGAUUAGCCAUUGAAGAGUUCGCGUGGCAAGCCGCUGACCUUCUGGAUAGACUAGACGAUUUGCAGGAGGACUUAGCUAGGAACGACUUCGCUGAAGACGUUAGUGGCGCUAAACACAAAAUCGACCUACAUAAUGAAAUGAAAAAGAAAAUUAUGAAGGCACCAGUUGAUGAUAUCGAUUUAUUAGGUCAGCGCCUACUACAAAAAUCUUGCGGGCUCGACACCGGCCAAGGCGGAGGUGGUGGAGGAGGCGGUGGGGGAGGCGGCGGCGGGCGUGAACCAGAAUCUCCUAGCAAUACGAACUCAGAACUCUUAGGUACCAAAAACUUAGUUUUACAAAAUUUAGAGGCGGUUCACUCGUCACAACAACAUCUACUUCAACUGUGGCACCAUAAAAAGCUCAAGUUGGACCAGUGCUUUCAGUUGAGGUUGUUCGAACAGGAUUGUGAAAAAAUGUUCGAGUGGAUUUGCCAUAACAAAGACGUCUUCCUUCUUAACUAUGUAGAAAUAGGCCAUACUUACCAAUUAGCCAAGCAGCUUCAAGAAGAGCACCAGCAUUUCACGAUGAGCUCCAUGAACGUUUACGUGAACAUCAAUCGUAUACUUUCGGUCGCGUCGCGUCUCAUCGAAGGCGGCCAUUAUGCCGCCUCGCAUAUUCGCUCGGUCGCCGGACGGUUGGAUCGUACGUGGAAGGAUUUCGCCGCUGGGCUAGAUGAAAGAACUGCAGUGUUGGCAUUGUCUGUGAUUUUCCACCACAAGGCGGAACAAUACGUGGAGAACGUGCCUUCAUGGAAAUCUGCAUCGGAAACUGGAAAUAUUCCUUCAGAAAUAAUGAUGCUAGAAAACUCUAUACACCAACAUCAAAAUCUAUACGAAUCUAUGUGUCAGGCGUACACAGAGGUAUAUAAUUCCUACCAAUCGCUACUGAACGGUCUGGACCUCAUGCUACAAGUUUGCCAUAACUUACCCACCAGCAUUGAGGAAUCGGAAAAGGAUUCAAGUUCAACAAACGGCGAAGGAACAAAAUUCGAAAACCGACCGGGCGGUAAUCCUGCCGCCGACUACAGUGAAGGAGCUAGUCAUGUUUUAGCAGUCAUACACCAAAUAUUGAACCACCAUCGAGCAUUAGAACAAAAAUGGCAUGCAAAGAAAAUCAAACUACAUCAAAGACUGGCGUUGAGGUUGUUUCAGGAAGAUGUGAAACAGGUGUUGGAUUGGUUAGCAAAUCACGGUGAAGUAUUCAUCAGAAAGAAUACAGGCAUCGGGCGAAAUCUUCAGAAAGCCAGAGUCUACCAAAAGAGUCACGAACAUUUCGAGAACGUCGCACAGAAUACUUACACCAACGCAGACAAGCUUCUGGCCGCUGCUGAGGAACUCGCUCAUACGGGCGAAUGCGAUCCCGACGAGAUUUAUUCAGUAGCUCACGAACUGGAGGCUCACGUGACUUCUUUCGCUGCUAGAGUCGAACAAAGGAGACGAAGGCUAGAUUUAGCGGUACUGUUUUACACGCACGAGAAAGAUCUUAGCAAUUGGGUGGAUGAUCUCAGACAGGAGUUGCAAAAUGACGAGAGCGUGGCUGAAAGCCUAGAAGCAACAGAGCGGCUCUUGGAACAAACUGCCCAGCAUCGCGAACAAAGCCUUGACGCUUGUGCAUCGACAAUUGCACAAGGGGAGGCACUACUUCAAGAACUGCGGUCCAUCACGGAAAUGGACACAACUGGUUCAGUAGCUGCAAUAGAAUCUGCUCUGGACCGAUUAGCGAAACAAAGAAACGAUCUCGAAGAAUUGUGGGCUGCUCGAAAACUCCGUCUAGAUCUGUGCCUGAGACUGCGGUUGUUCGAAAGGGACGCCUUGGAAGUAUCCUCCCAGCUGGAGAUGUGGUCUGAGGAAUUACAACAUAGCGAAUUAACCAGAGAUAUUCCGAAGGCUGAGCAGUUUUUAAGAUUGCACAACGAGAGUGUUAGUCAGAUGCAAAAUACGACUUAUCAAGUACUACAACAAGGACAAGAUCUGGUACAGGUCUUUGAGAAUUCAGGGAUUUGUGUGAUGGCGGAUGCUCAGUAUAAUGCUCAGACAAGGGUUCAAGUUUUACUCGAAUUUCUUCACGAUAGAGAAAUGGAUCUGGAAGAACUAGCUGAAAUGAAGCGCCUUAAACUGGAACAAUGCAUCCAACUCGGCCAGUUCCAAAACGACGCUAACCAAGUCAUUAGUUGGAUAAGAAACGGAGAAUCAAUGUUAAUGGCCAGUUUUACCAUACCCAAUAGUUUAUCGGACGCAGAACUCUUGAAAAAGGAACACGAACAAUUUCAAGUCGCCAUCGAAAAAACACACACGUCAGCUGUCCAAGUGAAACAUCGUGCAGAUACGCUGAUAAACGCGAACCAUUACGACCCCCAAAGUAUCAAAGACAUUUCCGAAGAAGUUACCAAAAGAUGGCAACAACUGGUUACUUGCGCAGAAGAGAGGCAUAAGUUGGUGACGGCUAGUUUGAAUUUUUACAAGACCGCCGAGCAAGUCUGUUCUGUGCUUGACAGUUUGGAGAGAGAAUAUAGGAGAGACGAAGAUUGGUGCGCCACGGGCCAAGGAAACGUUGACAAAGCCACCGCUAUAUCACAACUGAUCAACAAACACCAGGAACAGAAAGAAGCCUUUCUGAAGGCUUGUACUUUAGCCCGAAGGACUGCCGAAACAUUUUUAAAAUACACCACUCGAAGUCUACAGUUUUAUAAUUACUCGAAUACUAGCGGAAACCACGAAGCUAGAGUUAAGGGAAUAUUGGAGAAGUUACUGAAUCAGGAGAAUAAGGUGCUAGAGCAUUGGACUCAAAGGAAAAAGAAGUUGGAUCAGUGUCAACAGUUUGUUCUGUUCGAAAGGUCUGCCAAACAAGCUAUCGAAUGGAUCCAUGAGACAGGUGAAUGUUAUCUAACGACGCAUGCAACGAAUCUAGGCAACAAUAUCGAAGAAACUGAAAGUUUACUACGUGAACACAACGAAUUUAAAGGAACUGCCAAAGAAACCCGAGAAAGAGUGAAACUGCUCAUUCAGCUUGCCGAUAGUCUCGUUGAAAAAGGACAUGCGCACGCUUGCUCCAUCAAACAAUGGGUUGAAGCUGUCGAUAAUAGAUACAAAAACUUUAGUUCUCGAAUGGAAAAUUAUCGACAACAGUUAGAAGAAACGCUGGGCAUUCAAGAAGAAGAAAGCGAGAAAAAGGAGUUGUCUAUCGAUAGAAAUUCGGAUCCUAAUUUGGAAGCCAAAGUCAAAGAAGCCGCUGCCAAAGAAUUAAAAGAAUUGAACGAGGAAAAGAGAAGAUCUGCAAGGAGGAAAGAAUUUAUAAUGGCCGAACUCCUACAAACAGAACGUACUUACGUCAAAGACUUAGAAACAUGCAUAACCUGUUUCCUGCACGAAAUGAGAAACUCACCAGCAGCAACCUCAUCUUUUCUAUCCAAAGAAAGCAUUAUUUUCGGUAAUAUGGAGGAGAUCUACGAAUUUCACAAUUCUAUAUUCUUGAAAGAACUCGAAAAGUAUGAAACGAUGCCUGAAGAUGUUGGCCAUUGUUUUGUAACGUGGGCUCAGAAAUUCGAUAUGUACGUCACUUAUUGUAAAAAUAAACCUGAAAGUAACAGUUUCUUAGUUCAAUAUGGCGGAGGAUUCUUCGAAGAGUUGCAGAAAAAGCACAAAUUAGAACAUCCUAUAGCCGCUUUCCUGAUAAAACCUGUUCAGAGAAUAACUAAGUACCAGUUACUAUUGAAAGAUCUGCAAAGUUGCUGUGAAGAAGGUCAAGGUGAAAUUAAAGAUGGUCUAGAAGUAAUGCUCAACGUUCCGAAGAAGGCGAAUGACGCGAUGCACUUGUCUCUCCUCGAAGGCUGUGAUAUAUCCGCUGAUAAGUUAGGCGAAGUCGUUCUCCAAGACGCCUUCAGUGUCUGGGAUCCCAAACAACUCAUUCGAAAAGGAAGAGAUCGACAUAUUUUUCUUUUCGAAAUGUAUCUCUUAUUUACCAAAGAAGUUAAGGACUCGGCUGGAAAAGUCAAGUACAUCUACAAAAAUAAGCUAAUGACCUCAGAACUGGGCGUAACCGAACACAUGGAAGGUGACGAAUGUAAAUUUGCCGUAUGGACCGGCCGUGCUCCAAUUUCCGACUAUCGCAUUGUACUUAGAGCUUCUUCGCUCGAGACCAAACAAUUGUGGGUGAAGAAGUUGAGAGAAGUAAUACAAGAGACUUACUUUAGCGGAGCCUUACCAUUGUCACUGCCAAAGAGUCCUGCUAAGCUGAAACCACAUAGCCAAAGAUCCAGUCGGGAUAUGGAGGAGUGCAACUCUCUAGACGAAAGCGUCGAGAAUUUAGAUCGUAAUUCCUUGACAUCUUUUGGCUCGGGGAACACCACAGACUCCGACAAGGCUGGCGUUUUAGAAAUGACUUGGGUGAUGAGCGACUUCACCGCUACCAAUCCUCUCGAGCUCAGCGUAACCAAAGGGCAGCAAGUUGAGGUAGUCGAGGUGUGCGCUUCAAAGCCGGACUUUUGCUUGGUUCGUAUGCCGACCAGAGGUACCACCGACCACGAAUCGGGCGUGGUGCCAGAAGGUUUGGUACCGCUUGCAGUUUUGAAACAACCGCCGCCGCACAGGGGUUCCCCGUCCAGACGAAUCAAUCCUCCCACGGAACAGGAAAUUGAUACUAGUCUUCAGAAUGACGCCUCCGCCGCAGUGAAUACGUCAUCUCCGGUAAAUAAAAGAAGAGGAUUCAGCGGACGGAAAUGGCUGCCACCUCCACUUCGAAAAUUGUCACAGGGUAAAGUGGACAAAGCGCAAGCCAACACACCACCACCCCUCAAAAAGACUGGUUCCGAUAAGAGAAUAAAGGUGCCAUCCGAAAUGGGCAACAAGCCCUCGGUCUCCGAAGGCGAAGAGGAAGAAGAGCGACCUACGCAGGCGCUCAAAGGCGCCAAAUCUCUCGGGUCUGAAUUAGCGAAUGGCAGCGGAGCAGCUGAAGAUGCCGACGAAGAGUUGGAGCUGCCACCGCCGAUGAAACCGAUCCAGGAGCCGAUCUUGGUGACGUCGCCGCCCCCUGGGGUUCCAGGUGUGCCGGAGAUCGAAGAGAACCCUUGCAAAAGAGUCUCUAGCUUAACAUUAAAAUCACUCGAAGGUGCUACAUCUGCGGAUUUGGCCGAAAUUGAACAGAUAGUAAAGGAAAGAAUGGAACAACAUUCAGAAAACCAAGAACGUCAUUCUCUUAUGCGAGAUGCCAAGUCAGAAAAUGCCAUUUCGGAGUACGGAGGGGAUCUAUCAGCUCAAGGUUUCUCCAACGAAGCCACAGGGUUGGCUUUCAGUGGCGAUGAAAGCGACAAGCCGUCCGAAGACAACAUGGACACCGCCAAGAAGACAGAAAUCUUAUUGAGGAAAAGGGAAUACGUUCUGCAGGAGUUAAUAGAUACUGAAGAAGCGUACGUUAGAGACUUGUCUUUAAUCGUUGAUGGUUACAUAGCUACUAUAAAGGAUCCCGAAUGUGAAAUACCCAUGCCAGAGGAUUUGAAGGAUGGAAAGGACAAACUGGUGUUUGGAAAUAUCGAAGUCAUUUAUGAUUGGCAUAAAAACUUUUUCUUAAAAUCCCUAAAACAAGCCGUAGAAAAUCCCAUUGAACUAGCUUCGCUUUUCAAACGUUAUGAACGCAAAUUACAAAUGUACGUUAUCUAUUGUAAGAACAAACAUGUAUCCGAAUAUAUAGUUUCCGAAUACCUAGAGACCUAUUUCGAAGAUUUACGGGUAAAAUUAGGACAUAAGUUGCAACUUUGUGAUUUGUUAAUCAAGCCAGUGCAAAGAAUCAUGAAAUACCAAUUGAUGCUUAAGGAUAUUUUGAAAUAUACUGAAAGGGCGGGAAUAACGGCGGAGAUUGAACCACUUAGGGCAGCAUACAACAUAAUGGUGAUCGUACCGAAGACUGCUAAUGAUAUGAUGGAUGUUGGAAGACUACAGGGAUUUGAGGGUAAAAUUACUGCACAGGGAACUCUGCUUCUGCACGGAAUGUUAACAGUUUCCGAUCUACCUGGAUCGAAUCCAAUCAUAGGCAAAAACAAGGAUUUGCAUGUAUUUUUCUUCGAACAAAGUAUUAUUUUUUCUGAAGUGGUAGGAAAGAAGACGCAGUUCACUAGUCCGCAAUAUAUUUACAAAGCUCAUAUUCAAGUCAACAAAAUGUCCUUAAACACAAAAGAAGACUGUUUUAUAUUAGAAUCGACGGAUCCCAGCCGUUGUUUGGGUUUCGUCCUGCAAGCAGGAACGGUAGAUUUGCAAGAGCAAUGGUUGAUCACUAUCCACGACACCCUUCAAAAACAGAGGGACUUCCUCAAAGCCAUCCAAAGUCCCAUAGCCUACCAGAAAGAGUUAACCACUAAAGAAGCUUCCUUAUCCGACCUAUCAAUGUGGGAAGUGGCGCCCCUAAGAAGAGCCCUACCUCAUGGAUCGCCGUCAGAGCCCAGCAAGUCCCACAAAAAGAACCAUUAUGUUCAUAAGGCUAACACCAUUGGUAUCCCAUCGGAAGACGAUUUGAACGAUAGCAAAAACAAUAAUCCACGCUCGAGACUGAACUUUUUCGAAGGCUUUAAGAAUAGUUUGAGAAACAAGCAUAAGAGUGAUACAGUGGUGUUGGAGACUGCGAAGGAGAAUAGCGAGAAGGGUGAUAUGCACAGGAGGUGGUCGGAAGCUAAUCAUACGGCGGAUCAUCUAAUAAUGCCUCCCGGCACUCAAGCGCGUUUGGUCUGCGAAUGGCCGCACCUCAACCUGGGGGACUUAGUCACAAUCAUCCGCUACGACCCAACCCAAGGAUAUUUUGUCCGAACCAGCUCUAGCCUGGAAGAGUUUUGGAUUCCUGCUCACGUUCUAGCCAAUUACAGUAGGAAACUAUGGUCUUUUAGGUUAAAGAAACCAAGAAAAUCUCUGGAAGGAAUCCUCUCGGAGAACUCGGACCGUUGUGUACCAGAAUUUCGUGAUAGACUGAAAGAUAUUACCGUUCAGAGUGGAUCCAAGGUGGUGUUUAAGUGUAGAGUGAAGAAUUGGAAUAGGAACACGAGGCAAACUUGGAAGAAGAUGGAACCAAAUGUCGUAGUCCUACAUAACGGCAAGUUUGUGCAAGGUGAUAAUGAAGGAGGCAUAGCGUUGAUGGUGAUAGAAAACGCCAGAGCUUCUGACGCAGGUACCUAUUGCUUGACAGUAUCCAACGAAUUCGGGAGUAUCACCUGUACGGCUAAAUUGUCCAUCACCAGCAGCUACCCUCCCAUACCAGAACCCAAAAUUCAAGUAAUAUCAUGCUCAAGUGUUUCCUUAGAGUGGGAAAGCAACCAUUACUCUCAGUUUAUAGUGGAAUAUUGCAAGUUGGGUUCCGGCGAAUGGAUCUCACCCAAUAAUAACCAUCCCGUAAACUCACACUCUUUUACAGUCGAGAAUUUGAUUCCUGGGGAGACGUACAGUUUUAGGAUCGUAUCUGCUCAGAACAACGUGGUCAGCUUGCCUAGUGUUGCUGUGACGUUGCCUGUGGCGGAAAAUUUGAGAUGGCAGCAGGAACAGUUUAAGCAAAGGUACAUAGAGUUAGAAGAAAUAGACAGAGGAAGAUUUUCAAUCGUCCGUUUAGCAAGAGACAGGGGGACUGGAGAAGAAGUAGCAUUAAAACAAAUUUCACGACGAAAACAAUCUCAUCAGGUGACCCAAGCGGAAUAUUCGCUGUUAGCGGGAAUGCAACAUCCCAACAUCAUUAGAUCAUUGGCUUUGUUCGACAAUGCUCCAUUACCUGGCAUCGAUACGAUCAUAUUGGAAUUAGUCAGAGGACCUUUAUUAUUUAAGUAUAUUAGUGAUAAAGAAACUUACAGUGAGUCAGAUGUAAGAAACUAUACUUCUCAGUUAAUAUCCGCCUUAAAAUGGUUGCACCAAAAAAGUAUUGCGCAUCUAGAUGUUAAGCCCGAAAACGUAAUGAUCGAUAUAACCGUUCCCAUCCCCCUAUUAAAAUUAGUAGACUUCGGUGACUCAGUCAACACCUCCAAGAAUGUCAUCUUGCCACCAGCUUGCCUCGAAUUCGCCUCGCCCGAACUGGUUCUCGGUCAACCAGUUGGCGUCCACACUGACUGCUGGGCUGUAGGAGUGUUCCUCUACGUCAUGCUCAGCGGAGUGUCUCCCUUCCUCGACGACUCAGUGGAAGAAACCACUGCGAAUAUUCUCAAAUGCGAUUUUUGUUUCCCCGAUGAGUAUUUUGGAGACGUAUCGCAAGAAGCCAAGGAUUUGACGAAGAGUUUGUUGGUGCUAGUUCCAGCGCAAAGGUUGAAUAUGGAGAAGAGUCUUCAAUGUGUUUGGAUAAAAGAGGCUAGCGGUUCAGCAUCUAUCCCGUCAGCACGUCUAAAAAUGUUCAUGCAGCGAAGACACCCCAUGAAUCUUGCACCCUCGAACUCGAAUUAUUAUAAAGAAGAUGCUCUUUAGUCCCAAUCGUAGAUAUUGUUCUUUGUAAAUAUAUUUUAAUUUGUGACCAAUUUGAUUAUUUCCGUUUUAGCUUGUUAAUCAAUCGUAUAUAUUUAUAAUUAUAUUUUACCUAUACAUAAAUAAACGAACUUUUGUUUAAA